GCUCUCACUGAGCAUGCUCAGUUCACUGUGUUGUCAGGCAAAAAAGAAGACAGCACUGGAACAGACGAGAUCUGCAGUAGAUAAACACACAGACACACAGAGAGAGAGCCGGAGAGGGAGCGUUAGUAUGGACGAGUAAUUCUGCCGUAGUGGAUGGUUUGGGCCGUGUUUCUGUAUGCAUCGUGCUGUUGAUCCGCUGUGUGUCGUGUCGGAGGAGAAGCAUCCGUCUGAAGAAAGCAAAGAGCUCAUCUUACUGAAGACGUCUCCCAUCAUCCCAGAGUGCCUGUUGUUUUGCGGUUUGAGCUGAAAUGGAUCAGAAAAGCUUCAUCCUGUCAGAGACGCGUCUGUGAACACCGGAGCCAAUGGAUAUUAAAGGCCAGUGCUGGACGGAUGAAGAAUCGGAUGGAGAGAAUGAACCGGAGCAGUUCCUGUACGGGAUUCAGGGGAGCUGUGCAGCUGACCUGUACCGUCACCCACAGCUGGACGCUGACAUCGAGGCUGUAAAAGACAUUUACACGGACAGCGCUGUGUCCGUCAGAGAGUACGGCACCAUCGAUGAUGUGGACAUCGACCUGCAGAUCAACAUCAGCUUCCUGGAUGAGGAGGUGGCGACCGCAUGGAAGGUGAUCCGAACCGAGCCCAUCGUCCUACGCCUUCGUUUCUCUCUCUCACAGUACCUGGAUGGACCAGAACCGUCUGUGGACGUGUUCCAGCCGUCCAAUAAAGAAAGCUUCAGUCUGGGCCUUCAACUGAAGAAGAUCCUCAGUACGUUCACGUCGCAGCAGUGGAAGCACCUCAGUAAUGAGUUCCUCAAAGCCCAGCAGGAGAAGCGGCACAGCUGGUUCAAAGCCGGAGGAACCAUCAAGAAAUUUCGUGCAGGACUGAGCAUCUUCUCCCCGAUUCCCAAGUCUCCCAGUUUCCCCCUGAUCCAGGACACAGUGUUGAAAGGCAAACUGAACGUGCCCGAGCUCAGAGUCACCCGGCUCAUGAACCGCUCCAUCUCCUGUACCAUGAAGAACCCCAAGGGGGAGCUGUUUAGCUAUCCUCCGAACAGCCAGACUGUGGCUGUCCCGGCGGGCAGGGCCCCUGCGCAGAUUACCACCCGCCAGCUGAUUGAGUUGUUUUUCUCAUCCCAGGCGGGCGGACACUGCAAGAACAUCCCCACGCUGGAGUACGGCUUCCUCGUGCAGAUAAUGAAAUACUCUGAGCAGCGGAUCCCCACUCUGAACGAAUACUGCGUGGUGUGUGACGAGCAGCACGUCUUCCAGAACGGCUCCAUGCUGAAGCCCGCGGUUUGCACGAGAGAGCUGUGUGUGUUUUCCUUCUACACGCUGGGAGUGAUGUCCGGAGCGGCUGAGGAGGUGGCCACCGGCGCUGAGGUGGUGGACCUGCUGGUGGCCAUGUGUCGCGCUGCUCUCGAGUCGCCCCGCAAAAGCAUCAUCUUUGAGCCGUAUCCAUCUGUGGUCGACCCCAAUGACCCCAAGACGCUCGCCUUCAACCCAAAGAAGAAGAAUUAUGAGCGUCUGCAGAAAGCUCUAGACAGUGUGAUGUCUAUUCGGGAAAUGACGCAGGGCUCGUAUCUAGAGAUUAAGAAGCAGAUGGAUAAACUGGAUCCUCUGGCUCAUCCGUUACUGCAGUGGAUCAUAUCCAGUAACAGGUCUCAUAUUGUGAAGCUGCCGCUCAGCAGGCAGCUGAAGUUCAUGCACACGUCUCAUCAGUUUCUGCUGUUGAGCAGCCCGCCUGCAAAAGAAGCUCGAUUUCGCACCGCAAAGAAACUCUACGGCAGCACCUUUGCCUUCCACGGCUCCCAUAUUGAGAACUGGCACUCGGUUCUGAGGAAUGGACUGGUCAAUGCCUCUUACACUAAACUGCAGCUGCACGGAGCAGCGUACGGGAAGGGCAUCUAUCUGAGCCCCAUAUCCAGUAUUUCCUUUGGAUACUCAGGAAUGGGGAAGGGCCAGCAUCGCAUGCCCACUAAAGAUGAGUUAGUCCAGCGAUAUAAUCGAAUGAACACAAUGCCACAGAGUCGCCCCAUACAGUCACGCUUCCUCCAGAGCAGGAACUUAAACUGCAUCGCUCUCUGUGAAGUGAUCACAUCCAAAGACCUGCAGAAACAUGGCAACAUCUGGGUGUGUCCGGUGUCUGACCACGUCUGCACACGCUUCUUCUUCGUGUAUGAGGACGGUCAGGUGGGAGACGCAAACAUCAACACGCAGGAGCCCAAGAUCCAGAAGGAGAUCAUGCGUGUGAUCGGCACCCAGAUCUACUCCAGCUGAGGGGCUUCCUUUCCUCCGCUCUGUCCAUCUCUACUUUCUUCCGUCCUGUCUUUCGCAAGGGAUGCGGGAUGAGAUGAAGGAAAUCUUCACCAUAAGCCCCGCCCACAACCCUUUGACUUCCCACAGAGCCGCUGUCAGUCAAAAGCAGACAGGCGCCUGAUUGGACGAGACGGAACUCGCCGGAACGUGAAGUCCCUCGGAUCGUUUCUCACACUUAAUAUCUGUACAAGUAAAAACAAGAAAGUCAUUUAAAAUGUUUACUGCGUUUUUUGCGUCUCUGGAUAGUAGAUGAUGAAUCUGUGCGUUUCAUUGUGUUCGUAUCUUCUUCAUCUUCCUCCUCCGCUGCUCUUUCUGAAUGAUGACAUGUAUUAAUAUCCCAGAUGGAUUUAUCUCUGAGUUUCCUUCUGACUUUAAUUUCCCGUCUUUUGUUGCCGAGAUUUAUCUGCAGAUGAGAAGACGGGGACACAUCGUUUCUCAUGUUUAUGCUUUUUGGUGACGUCACCUGAAAGCUUUAUUUCAAUUCUCAGACAUUCCCGAGUGCUUGUGGGGGAUUUCCACAAAGCUCUGUACACUAGCAGUCAAACAUUUGGACACAUUAUUUAAUCUAUUUUCACAUGUUACAAUAAUAGUAAAGUGUGCAAACUCUGAACUCACACAAAUGUAAGUCAAAACUCUUUUAAAGUUAGCGUGCAAUUCAAGUCUUGUGACUCCUCGGACGAUUUAACUAUUGCAUUUUUAGGCAGAGCACAUUUAAUACACAGUGCUAAUUCGUGGUGCUUUACAUAAAAAGGCUUUAAAAUAAUUACAAUAGAUGCAUAAUAAAUAAAAAUCAUGCAUCAGAAUUUUUUUUUUUUUACAAAAAUGUAUCUAGUUGUAUUAAAAACAUUAAGAAUUCAAUUUAAAAAGUUGCACGGCAUUCAGAACGAGCCAAAACAAAAGUGAAUAAUAAACCAGAUUUAAAUGUAUUUAUUAUUAAACCUAAUUCUGAAUCAUUCAACUGAAAGAUUUAUGACAGGCAGUCAUUGUUUGUGGAUGUCAUAAAAAAUAAAAUCAAGUAAAAUAAAAA